GCAGGCAUUCUCAAAAAUAAGAGGCUAUGAUCCCGAAGAGAAGAGCGACAUGGCAAAAUAGAAGCUCUGAAUUGGCGGGAACUCCGAGCUGACAAGUAUUGCAAGUCACUAUGGGCAAGAAGCGUCCACAGCUGGGCCCUCUACUGGUACGCCUUGCCAACGAAAAUCCAGAGCCUCUUGCAGGUCUGGAGAUGACCACCCACAAAGAAGUUAGCAUCUCUUUCCAUCGUGCUUCUGAAGCCCCACCAAAUGUCCGCGAGUGGGCCUUUCAGCUCACUACUACAAACAUGAGUUCCAUGUACGAGGCCAGCAACUGGGGCUGGAACCCAUCGUCUAAACAAAAGGAACUCUCACACUCUGCUGCUUUGUACCUGGUGGCCAAGCGCCAGUGCAAUCAUGAGCCAUGUGGAUUCGUACAUUUUCGCUUCGACAUGGACUUUGGCCAUCCUGUAGUGUAUUGCUACGAGAUCCAACUAGAAGCGGAUGUGCAGAGGCAUGGAUUGGGGACAUUCUUGAUGGGCAUCUUGGAAAAGUUGGCUGCAAAGUUCCGAAUGCAUAAAGUGGUGCUGACUGUUUUUCGCAGUAAUACAGCAGCACUUGCAUUCUACCUGGAAAAAAUUGGCUAUCGAGUAGACAGCAGCAGUCCAUCAGAAGAUGAGGCGGACUAUGUUAUCCUUAGUAAAAAGGUACAGAAGGACAAAGGGAGCUCUCCCAAAUAAUGUGCAUGCAAAUGUGCGCAAACUGUGUGAAAGGACAGACUUUCGUUCAGUAUGUGUGCUCAUCGCAAGCAGCUGAGCGCAGGGCCCAGAGUUUACUUCAGAGCUCUCCCACUUGUGUCACCAAUAUCACCAAGUGACUUUGUACACAGACUGCUCCACGGCCAGUUAAUAUGGGAUGUGCCCCAAAGUGGUAUUUAUGGAGAGCACCUGAAUGAUGAAAUGUUAACAUCAAUGUGGUACUUAAAUGCUUUUAUCAGUGCAAGAAAAAUAUUUGCUCUUUCUGCUUAAUCUGCUUUGCUUAAUCUGUGUGGAAUAUCAAAUCAGAACGGAGUGUUUUUACACUAGAAAUAUAGCUGCCACAGUAAUACAAGAACAGGGGUUACAAUACAAAGAUACAUGGACCCAGUAAAAUGUUUUAUUCUCAUUCUUAGAACUUGGAAUUAGGGGACCUCCACAGUUGAAAAUAACAGAAUAAACAUGUUACUAGAGUGACA